AACACAGGAAUAUACGGAAGGAUAAUUGUCUGUUAAGCUAAGACUCGACCAAGCUACACAGUGGCCUCUAAUUAGAAAACGGUUCGAAAUGAAUACCCAUCUGCAAGGAUCAUCACCCAGAUCUCCCGCACCGUCACCUGAUCCGGACGUUGACGAGGGUAGCUCUAAAAAGCAGGCAACAAGAGUAUUUAAGAAAAGUUCAUCAAAUGGCAAAAUCACCGUGUAUUUGGGUAAACGGGACUUCGUCGACCACAUUACCCAUGUGGACCCGAUAGAUGGUGUCGUGCUGAUAGAUCCCGAUUAUGUGAAGGAGAGAAAAGUUUUUGGACACGUACUGGCCGCCUUCCGGUACGGGCGUGAAGAUCUGGACGUGCUGGGACUAACCUUCCGAAAGGAUCUUUAUCUCGCAUCGGAACAGAUUUAUCCACCGUUAGAAACGGAUCGACCGCUCACCCGCCUGCAGGAGCGCCUGAUACGGAAGCUGGGCGCGAACGCCUAUCCCUUCUACUUCGAAGUGCCGCCACACUGUCCAGCAUCGGUGUCGCUACAGCCGGCACCGGGCGAUACCGGCAAACCGUGCGGCGUGGACUACGAGCUCAAGGCCUUCGUCGGCGAGUCGCAGGAGGACAAACCGCACAAACGGAACUCGGUACGGUUAGCGAUAAGGAAAAUCAUGUACGCACCCUCGAAGCUUGGCGAACAGCCGUCGAUCGAGGUUAGCAAAGAGUACAUACUGAAACCAAAUAAAAUUCACCUAGAGGCAAGUCUGGACAAGGAGCUUUACCACCACGGCGAAAGCUUGUCGGUGAAUGUACAUAUAGCGAAUAAUUCAAGUAAAACAGUUAAAAAAAUCAAAGUAUCGGUCCGGCAGUUUGCGGACAUCUGUCUCUUCUCGACGGCGCAGUACAAGUGCACGGUAGCGGAGGUGGAAUCCGAAGACGGAUGUCAGGUUGCUCCUGGAUUUACGCUUUCGAAAGUGUUUACGCUGACGCCAUUGCUGGCCAAUAAUAAAGACAAGUGGGGCCUGGCACUUGACGGGCAGCUGAAGCACGAGGACACCAAUCUGGCCUCGAGCACGCUGUCUCGCACACUGGUGGAUGGAAAAUAUAGAAUUGCUGAUCCUUCACAACGAGAAAACCUGGGCAUUAUAGUGCAGUAUAAAGUAAAGGUUAAACUUUGCAUCACUCCACUCGGCGGAGAUUUAGUAGCAGAGUUGCCAUUCAUACUCAUGCACCCGAAACCGGACGAUGAUGAACCCGUGAUAGGAGACCGAUCGCCCGGUCGAACAGUGAACAGUGCCGAUCGUAAACACUCGUACCAGGCCGGUCACGAAAUGGGCUCCAACAGCAACAAUGGUGACGCAAAUGCCGCUAAAGAGGAUGGUCCCAAUCUAAUCCAGCUAGACGGCGAUGACAACUGUCCGGACGAUGAUAUUAUAUUUGAGGAUUUCGCACGGUUACGCUUGAAAGGCGCUGAAACGGAAGCUUAAGGCUAUCGCGGCGCGAAAAUGUAGUGUAGCGUCGUGUUCCGGACUAAAAAAAAACAACAAGGCUUACCCAGAGCCGCCGCACAGUCGACAGAAUAUGGCUUCGAUAGUCACCCGGCCACAAGCCAUUGGUCAAGGCACAAAUGUUGGUUAGCGAAUCUUAGCAGAGCGAUAAGCGAGAGCGAAAAAAAGCAACAACAACCGACCAACAGAUAAGUUAAGCUACGCCAAAGUAUCCAUAUAUUUGAUGUUUUCAAACGAUUGUCUAGCUCUUCCUCAAAACAAAACUCUCCUAGGACGGUACAGUACGGUACAGGUGGUGAUCAUUGAGAUAUGUGCACAAAGAAAUAAUGUCACUAUAUAACGUAUAAGGACCAAACGUCUGCAUUGGUUUUCUGCAGCAAGAAAACCGCCACAAGCACACACACAGACUAUUUAAAUGGGCUAGAUUAAAACAUCUACCGUUUCCCGUUUCACGCAAUGUCCGCAAUCUCGGCAACUUCUUCAUCUUCUAUUCCAUCUCCUCCAUUUUCUUCCAACACCCGUUUGCUUCGUUAUUGUCGGGAGUAUACAGUUUAGCGUACAACAUUACGCGCUCUAAGAAUAUUGACUUCCCCGGUGAAGAAGGGUGAAAUAGUUAGCCGUCAGUGUGUGGGCAAUCAGUAAUCGCAGGUUAUAGAGCAAUUAUAGAGAGUACUUCAACUGCCGCCAUGCUGUUACUACUGAUAGAUUUUAUUCUUUUCUAUACAAAUAACUAUUAACAAAAGGAAAAAAACCCUGUUGAGCAAAUAUUCACAACAAUUCGAAACAAAUAACUGUUUUCUAUUUUUCACAAAAAGCUAAGACCGAAAAUGAUCCGUUCUAUUCGGUGUCUUCGUCAAGAAGGUUCGAUUAUAAUUUUAUUUGACCACGCUCAUUGGAUUUAGGGAAGCAUUUCUACUAUUCUGUAUCGUAUUAUCAUAUAGAUGUAACACACGAGCGUCACUGGAAAAAAGUAGUGUGGACACAAGCGAGUCCUCUUUUGCAUUUAUAGUGAGGAAGAAGGAAACAAAAAAUAAAACAUAACGCGACACUCGCGUGUGUAAAGGAAAGGUAGUGAAGACACAACACGCGCAUACAGUAAUCGUGCAAAUAGCCACUUUAGAGCUACGUUGUGUUUGGAAGCGCUUUUGUUUUGAUUCGAAUUGUGUUGUUGUGCACGAAAAAGCAUGUCUUAGAAUGUUUCUCGAAUGGCAUUACAUGAAACGGUGAAGUCUGAGCCCGUUUUCUUAAGUGUAUAGAUGUACCGUGCACACAAAUGCACCCACUCCCCACGAGAAACAGGGGUGUCAAAUGAAUCUAUACAGCAAUUGUAUAUGCGCAACGUUAUAUGUUCGCUUUUGGCCUUUUAUUUUUUUUUUUACUUUUGAGGAUCGUUUCAAGCAACAAUAAUAAUUGUCGUCACCGUAUAACUUUAUUUGAUAGGAAUGCAAACCGAUAUAUCUAGUUCGUUGUAGUGAUAAUCGCACAACACAAAAGAGCAAGUAUUUAUUGGAAACAACCCCCGUUUAGGUAGAACGUUGGAUGUAAGAGAUACUACGAAAUAAACGUAAGCUCCCCCUCCCCCAAUAAUGCACUCCACGUACCAUAAAAUCAGUCGUUGUAUGGGUGUAGUAACAAGAGAAAAGAAGUAGUAGCUUUAAUGUAAUGCAGAAAACAAAAACACACUCUCACACACGAACGUCUAAAACUCGUGCACUUUCGCGUCAGUAUGUUCCAGCCCAUUUGUUGCGUUUGUUGUUUGGAAAAAGGAGAGAGAACAGGAACAACACAAUCCCUCACAGUAAAGUGAAUCAUUCUCGUACCUUUUGGGGGGCGAAACGUUACUAGAUAAUCCAUUCCAAAAGUUUAUCUUCCUUGUUGGU